GUUUUCUUUAUCGGCUUCCUGACCAGAGAUACACAUGCGCAACUGUCUCCCAUACCUACAGACUUGCCUCCCUGACACAGUGGACCAUAUCCCUCUGAAGUAGAUAAAAAAUGAGUGAACCCUCCGAUAAGAACAACUCCAUUCAAGAAGAAGCCACAAAUCAAAUGUCUCCAGAGAAAAGCAGUCCAAUUGGACAAAAGCAACUGCAACAGAUAGAACGGCAGCUAAAAUGCUUGGCAUUUCAAAACCCUGGACCACAGGUGGCAGAUUUUAACCCAGAGACAAGGCAGCAGAAAAAGAAAGCACGGAUGUCGAAAAUGAAUGAAUAUUUUUCUGGGAAGCAAAAAGUUAUGAAGAAGUACGACAAAAAUGGCAGGCUAAUCUGUAAUGACAUGGACCUGUGUGACUGCCUGGAGAAGAACUGUCUGGGCUGCUUCUACCCUUGUCCCAAGUGCAACUCCAGCAAGUGUGGGCCUGAGUGCCGAUGCAACCGUCGAUGGGUUUAUGAUGCCAUUGUCACUGAGUCCGGAGAGGUCAUUAGCACCCUGCCAUUUAAUGUUCCUGACUAGGAGACAUCAUACAUAGACACUCUCUAGCCACACUGUGUGUGUGUGUGUGUGUGUGUGUGUGUGAGUGAGUGUGUGUGUGAGUGUGUGUGUGUGAGUGUGUGUGUGAGUGUGUGUGUGUGUGUGUGUGUGUGUGUAUGUUGAGGCAGGAUCUUAUUCUGUAGCUCAGACUAGCUUUGAAGCUUUGAAGCAGUCUUUCUGCCAUAGCUUCCCAAGCCUUGGUAGUUUAGGUAUAGUACAUCAUGCCUGGCUUCUGUUUCUUGAUUUUUAUUGUAUACAUACAUACAUGUAUGGUCAGGCAUACACACACACACACACACACACAUACACACACACACACACACACACACUUUUAAGUCAAACAUCUUCCUCUUGGAUAAGUUUUAGUACUUGGACAAAAUACUCCCCUAGGCUGUAGAUCAAUGCAGAAUGGACAAUAAUUAUCCAGACUUCUGUGUCCCUCUCAGGUGCCGCAGCUCAUGGCUGAAGGCUGCAGGAGUGGACAGUCAGUCCUGAUCAACAGCACAAGUCUCAACCCUGCCUUGAAGCCACACCUCUCCCUUCUCAGGUGUCUGGUUGAGAGCACUGUACCUGAAAACUGUUACCUAGAAAAUACUUUAUAAUAUGUUUUUCUUAGAAUGUCAUUCAUAACUAAGAAAAGCAGCACUAUGCCUCUGUACUGCAUAUCUUUAUAUUUUAUAUGUUUAUAUUUUAAUGUAUUAAUACAUUUAGUGAUUUUAGUCAUUUUACUUAAUUACACAUUAAUUAGUUAAACUGAGAAGCAAAGACUUGAAUAUGCUAAAAGAAUGAUUUACACAUUUCCUUACAGGAUCAGUAUUUCAGAGUUUUUUUAAAAAAAAGAAGUUAGCCUUAAUUAAUAUGCACAGUGGCUUGUGUGGAGGUAUCUGGAAGGUUAAGUUCAGCCUCCUUUUAAUUAACUUUUUAAAUAAAGAUAUAUUAUUUAUUGUCUUUAUUUUCCUCUCCGUGUGUGUGUGUGUGUGUGUGUGUGUGUGUGUGUGUGUGUGUGUGUGUGUGUCUUUGUCUUUGUGUGACUUCAUAUGUCUACAGAGGCCAGAGACAUUGGCUUCCCUGGAGCUGCAUGGAGUCACUGGCAGUUAUGAACCACUUGAAGUCAGUGCUGGGAAUGAGACCCAGGUCCUUCUCGACAGCAGCUCGGUUCUCUAAACAUCUGAACCAUCUCUCUAGCAACCUUAUUCUUUUCCCCAUCUUGUUUAAGAUAGAGUUUUCUCUGAUGUUCAUUGUCCAGAGGACUCUUACAUCCUCAGUUAUUAACUUAACGUGUGAUAUGGCUCAAGAAUUCAUAUUUGAAGCAAAUUCCCAGGUGGUGCUGAUGCCACUGGCCUGGGGACCUUGUAUUAAAGCCACUUCUCUUAAGUUAUAUUAGAUGCAUGAUGGAAGUGUUUAUACAUUGGGACUUAGUGACUUGGUACUAUUUUAAACCAAUAAGAAUGUCUUGUUUUAAAUAAAUGUGAAGUGUUGAAA